AUGGAGGAUCUCCACUAUAAAUGGGAAGCGUAUGCGCUGUCACAACCCACGGAACCUCAAAUUGCGUCCAGUCUCAGUGAUUUCCAGAUCUAUCUUGCUCAUGAAGCCGAUCGGCCGAAAAAGAAGGCCAAAAUCGGCACUCCACACACUUCACGAACGCGUCAGGUUGCCACCCCUUUGCGCCAGAUCCAGUCGUCUGCUACAAAGCCUUCCACACCACUCCCUGCACACAUUGACCGCUCGGGAAUCUUACCAUCCUCAAGUGACUUCCCAUCGAGUCCUGUAGCACACUAUUCAUCUCGACAAAAUUCAGGGAAAGUUAUCUUGACUCUGAACGAAAAUGUUGCAGUAAACCCUUCGAUCCCCAGUGCUCCAGCUCACUUUGCACCUAAUGUCUCAGCCACAGAGCACAAUUAUAGGCCCAUGUACCAGCAGCUUUCUGAUGCUAGCAAGGUUUUAGAUCAACAGAUUGAGCGGAUGAUCAAGAUUUUCACCGAUGAGGGUGGCAUAAAUGAGCACGAUAUCGUUAAUCCUGCACGAACCAUUCAAGAUGAGGCCAUUGUUAUUGGUCGGUUAGGAUCAGAUGAGCCUGGCUAUAAACAACGUCUCCACCCCAAAGGAAUUACGAUUCAAACCUGUAGGAGACUGGGUGCAGGCACUCAGACUCGUCUCGAUCUGGACCAACUUUCUGCGUUUUCGUUUUUCCCAGGCCAAAUCGUCGCAUUGAAAGGAACCAACCCAAGUGGCUCCUCGUUUGUUGUUAAAGAGGUUAUCGCACCCCCUCAAAUGCCUUUUGCAAUGGUCUCUUCCGAGAACCAGAAGGAACUUGAAGCCAAGCGUGGUGAAAACCCUUUGAGGUUGGUUGCAGCUGCUGGUCCCUUCACAACUCAAGACAACCUCGAUUUCCACCCUUUGCAAGACCUUGUAAAGACUAUUCAAGAAACAAAGCCCUCAAGUGUCAUUCUUGUAGGGCCAUUCGUAGAGGGUGAUCAUCCUAUGCUUUGGUCCUCUCAAAAGACCGACAGCUUCGAUUCUUUGCAUGAAAUUUUUGCACAAAAAGUGGUACCUAUUUUGAACGAUCUUGACCAAAAUAUCCCAGUCAUUCUUCUACCAAGCACUAAAGAUGUUAUCACAGAGAAUCUGCAAUACCCUCAACCGCAAUUCUCACGAAAAGAACUUGGCUUGCCUAAAAACUUCAAGAUGGUCCCCAACCCGGCUAUUUUUUCCCUUGAUGAAGUUGUAAUUACAGCAACAUCAUCAGAUUCUGUACAAGAUAUUCUCAGCAGUCGCACGGUAGAACAAAACCAACAGGGCAGCGGGUUUAGCCAGGCUUGUCGGAGUAUUCUUGAGCAACGUCGCGUCUAUCCUCUGUUCCCUGGGUUCCAAUCUGGUGACACACCAACAGAGGAAUCUGUCUUUGAGGUAUCUUUGCGCCGUGAACAACGCCCGGGUGUCCCUUUGGAUGUUUCUCAUUUGAACCUUGCAGAUAUGGUCCUAGCGCCCAACGUUUUGAUUGUUCCAUCUCUCACUCGGCCUUCAGCAGAGAUAGUCAACAAUGUUGUGUGUAUCAAUCCUGGGUUUUUAUCUAAAAAGUCGAAUGGCGGGACCUAUGCUGUUAUAUCUGGAUCUGCGGGCCCAUUCUGGAGAAAUAGCCGGGUUGAUAUUGUUCUCAUUUAG